AUGACUACGGGUGACGAGUCUGCGCAGUUGCGGCGACGCUUUGUGCCUCCUGCGACAGAGGCGCCGACGCCAGGCGUGAGGCGGAGGAGUUCGAAUUUCUCCGACUACUCUCUCAAUGAAGCGCGGAAGACUUUUCAGUCCUCGACAGAUGAUCUUCUCUUCCCGAAGCCCAGGACGCCGGGCAUCCAACCAGAUAAUGACUCCUCGGCGUGGCAUUCCACGCCCUUGGCGUUUGCUCUGCUCCCUGCCCUCGGAGGGAUGCUCUUCAAAAAUGGAAGCUCUGUUAUAACAGACAUCAUGCUCCUGGGGCUGGCGGCCAUCUUCUUAAAUUGGUCUGUCAGACUGCCAUGGGACUGGUAUCACUCGGCGCAAUCCAUCCGCAAGGAGGAAGAAUACAAUGGGGACGCGAUCGUCGAGCCCGAGAGUGAGGAUGAUAAUGCGCUGAGCUCUUCUCAAACUGCUCUAGAUGAAGUUCCGGAAGAUCAGCCGGCUUCAAACCCACGCCCGAAGUCACUACGACGCCCUCCUUCCCACGAGGCUGCGGCGAAAGAGCUAUACAGGCACGAGCUACUGGCGCUGCUCUCGUGUUUCCUGUUCCCAGUUCUCGGGGCAUAUCUGCUACAUACAAUUCGUUCGCAGUUAUCUCGACCGUCCGAAGGGCUCGUGUCGAACUACAACCUGACGAUUUUCCUCCUCGCAUCCGAAUUACGUCCCAUGGCUCAUCUAGUCAAGCUCGUCCAGUCAAGAACACUACACCUGCAACGGAUCGUGAAAUCCAAUCCCUACAAUAACGAGAGGGAUAUCACUCAUGUCAAAGAUCUCGUGCGAAGAGUGGAAGAAUUAGAAGCUCGAAGCUCUAACCUUCAAUCGUCAGGGAACGACAGUACAAUGGAACCAGCUCUGAGCGGGAAGCAGUCAGCGAUGCUCACAGCAGAGGUCCGACGUGCGCUACAGCCCGAUCUCGAUGCUCUCAACCGUGCUGUGCGCCGGUACGAGAAACGUGCUACUCUACAGGCUUUCCAGACGGAUUCGAGGCUCCUUGAUCUGGAGGCGCGGCUAAAUGAUGCCAUAUCCCUGGCGGCAGCAGCGGCGAAUAAUGGACUACUGCAGAGAGGAUUUACUAGUCUGAUCUUCGCAUGGGCAGCGUCAGCAAUCGUCCUUCCAUUCCAAGCCCUCGGCGCCUUUGCACGUCUUCCAAUAAAGGUAACUACUGCACUGAUCCGCUUCGGCAAGACGUCUAUUAUUAUGGCUAGCCCACCACCAACAAUAGAAAGAAACCGACAGCGCUCCUCGAAUGGCAAAUCUCCCUCAUAUAAUCGAGCUGGGGAUCGCAGGGAGGGCAGAGUUAGCAAGAGAUGA